UCAGCCGACCGCUGGCCAUUAAGCAAUGUGAUCUGAGUGAAGAUACUCUGAGGACGUUUCUUCAGACCCUGGGCUCUGCAUUGUUACAAGGAAAGAACCUCCUCCCUCCCCCCACCAGGUACAACGUCGGCGAAACUUUUUUCCCCUCUUUUUUGGGGGGAUUUUGCUACGUAAAUCACCUUGCCUUGCGGUUCUUUGGAGUGCGCAAUGAGUACUUCCCUGGAGCACUCGUAUUCCAAAGAGAAUCACACCAUGGACAACCUGGAGAAACAGCUGAUUUGUCCCAUCUGUCUGGAGAUAUUUACCAAACCUGUGGUCAUCCUCCCUUGUCAGCACAACCUCUGCCGGAAGUGCGCCAAUGAUAUUUUCCAGGCCUCAAAUCCUUACUUACCCACCAGAGCGGGCACCACAGUGUCAUCAGGAGGCCGGUUCCGGUGCCCAUCCUGCAGACACGAGGUGGUUCUGGACCGACAUGGGGUAUAUGGGCUGCAGAGGAACCUUCUGGUGGAAAACAUCAUCGAUAUGUACAAAAUGGAGUCCAUCAGCAGUAAAUCGGGCAGCGAGAGGAAGUGUGAGCAGCCCACGUGCGAGGAACACGAAGAUGAGAAGAUCAACAUCUACUGUGUGACAUGUGAAAUACCAACCUGCUCCCUGUGCAAAGUGUUUGGUGCGCAUAAAGACUGCGAGGUGGCGCCGCUCUCAAACGUUUACCAGAGGCAAAAGGCUGAACUCAGCGAUGGAAUUGCAAUGCUGGUUGGGAACAAUGACAGAAUUCAGGGCAUUAUUAGUCAACUGGAGGAAAGCUGCAGAAGCAUUGAGGACAACUGCAGGAGGCAGAAGUCACAGGUGUGUGAAAAGUUUGAUUGCCUGUACGUGAUCCUGGAGGAGCGCAAAGCAGAGAUGAGCCAGAAAAUUACAUGUGAGCAGGAGGAGAAGUUGCAUUAUGUUCAGACACUGAAGAAGAAGUAUGGCGAUCACCUAGAGGCAGUGUCAAAGAUCGUAGAGUCAGGAAUACAGACAAUGGAUGAAUCUGAGAUGGCCCUUUUUCUGCAGAAUUCAAAGCCUCUUUUACAAAAAAUUAGCGAGGCUUCCAACAUCUCACACCUGGAGAAAGUGGAACGUGGCUAUGAAGACAUGGAUCAUUUCACAGUCAAUUUUGAAAGAGAAGGAAGAGCUCUGCGGAACAUAGAUUUUGAAAGAGAGGAGGAAGAGGAAGACGAAGAAGAGGAUGAAGAAGAAGAGGAGCUGGAGGAGGCCCACACAGAGCCGGAGCAGUCUGAUGGAGAUGGGGUUGGGACAAAUAUCGGGGUACAGCCUCAACAGGCCCAGCAGACACCUCUCCCGGGUACGAAUGCAGCUGAAACUGCUGAUGGCCUUCCUAAAGAGGACCUGGCCAAGUCACCAGACACAGCUGCACAGGGACCGCCUGAGCAGAGUGCGGCUCCGGCCACCGCGAAGACUGAGGGGAUCUCCGCCGCGGCUGCAGCCGACCCAGUGCUCUACCCCGGCUGGUACAAAUCCACAGCCGGGCCGGCGGCCGCUCCCGGCCUCGCCCCACCCGGGCAGGGCACGGCUCAGCCGGACGCCUCGGGGUCAAAGCUAGGGGAUGCGCUGCCGGCGGCGGCAGGGCCGACAACGCAAGAAAGCCCGGCCGGAGCUCACGAGGAGUCUGGCUCUGCUCCUUCCCAGGCUGGUUCUGAGAUUGCGGCCGGCGGACCGAGCGAAAGUCAACAAAACGCAGAAGACAAAGGCGGCGACGGACCUCGGCACGUCUUCUCCUUCUCCUGGUUAAACUCCCUUAAAGAGUAGCUCGCCUUGUCCUCCAGACAUGGAGCCUACAACAAGCGAGGAGCGACUGGUGAAGACAAGUGCCUCGCUGUGCUGGUGUAUUAACUGUACCGUUAGGUACACGCACGAUAUGACGGAGAUGUGACUGAAAAGAGCGGGUUGGGGUUUAUAGCAAUUCAACACCUUGUCUGAAACAGCUGAUGCAUUCUACAUGGCUAAAGAAUGUAAUGAAAUUGCUUGUGAAUGAAUGGAUGCCAAGUUAACACUUUCAACCUUGAAAAUACCACUGGUAAAACACCUAAUGACACACUUCUGGUGCACGUUGUGAGAGGUGUUGGCACUCAAGAAUUUACACAAUGAAAUGUAAACGUAACUUUCAAGCUUUUAUUAAAAAUAUAAAUAUUAGACAUUCUCUUGCACAACAAAAAAAUGACUCGUUGCUCAUAUUAUGUUUAUUAUCAAACGUAAACAAGGUAGAUUACAGGGAAACUGAAUUUCAGAGAGGGCAUCCAUUUCUGAAUACGGCGUUCUGAAAUUAGUGAAUUUCCUACAAUUCUACUUAAAAUAUAUUGGUUUUUUUUUGUUUUGAAAAUGUGAAAGGUUUUGUGUAAAUGCUACGGUUUUGUAAUAUCACUGUUACAACAGUUAUACAAAUUAAAAUGACGCAUUUAUCUUG